AUGUCGGACGUUUACAAGAAAGCCAAGCCCGGCCGCCUCGUCUUCAAGGGCGGCGAGGCCGCCACCCUCCGCAAGCCCAAAAAGCAGAAGAAGAACAAGAAGCCCGCCGCCGAUGUCCCCGCCGACGCCGACCCCGAAGCCGCCGCAGGGGAGGCGGCCGCGCCCACGGAGGGCGCCGAGGGCGGAGGCGCUGGGGGCGACGACUACACCAUCGACGCGGCGAAGCGGAUGAAGUACGAGGAGAUCUUCCCCGUGGAGACCAGGAAGUUCGGCUACGACCCGUCCAACGCCGUCCGCACCUCCCGCGACCGCACCGUCGAGCAGGCCCUCGACGACCGCGUGCGCAAGAAGGCCGACCGCUACUGCAAGUGAGACAGGUGGUUAAAUCAUCUGAGUUGUUCACUGCCGUUACGGAAGAGGCUUACUGGAGUAGUUGUGCUAAGUGUAUCAGAAAGGGUAUCUUUGGAGCACUGUUGGGCCCUUGAUGGCAUGUGUAAAUCAAUAGUCUCUGUAGCGAUCAAGUAUUUCUUUUAAUCAUGGCAUAUUUGUACUAGUAAACAAAAUGAUGCUCGCAUCUGGUAUAAUUCUCUGUUUACUCUCUGGUUGGUUCCAGUCAAUCGGAUAAAUCCUGUAUGCUUGGCACAUGCGAUAUACUGUAUUUGCGGUU